UUUACAGAAGCAAAAUCACUACCAGAUCAUUAAGUGAUGUUCAUGCCUUUCCCAAUUCAGUUAGCGUCGCAACGGAUGCGAAAUAACUUUAACCGGGACAGGAAACCGAUCACGAAUUCGGGUCACUGGAAGCUUACCUUUUAAUCGACAAGCAAUGGCCAAGAAAUAACUUCAUAUUAACAGUUCACCUCGUAAUCGCUGAAGAUUUCAUUUUGACAAGCUGUUAUUCAGUCAACUAGCAUUACAGACAUAUCUUUCCUCUGGCGAAAACACUUAUAGGAAUUUUGAUCAUGUUCUGCGUUGGAUUAAAUAUAUAUUUCUUAUUGAAUCAAUUCAAAACCAGUUUCGGUAUAUUUGAAAUACUAUAAAACUGGAGAACUUUUAUAGCAACAAAGUAUGUCUUGCGGUAGCAUUAUUAAAAAAUUACAACCAAAGCAUGUUACUCAUAGACAUGGGCAAAUGUGUCCGGCUCAUGGUUUAUCGAAGCCAGCCGAGCGCAGAACCAGCAUGAAAGAAAAAUCUAAAAACCAAAUCGAAUCCAAAAGCCAAGACACUGUUCCCACGAGCGUCACACCAAUUGAAAAAUCAGAAAACACCGCCUGUCAAAGACCUAAUGGUAUACCCUUGCUAAGAGAAUCCAGUAGUCUUUUACCUCCGAGUCAACCUGUAGUCCUGCGAUCGGGGAAGAAAGAAGACAUAUCAAAAGAAACUAUGUUGAUUCUAAACAGAUCAGGUUUACGUCAGGAUAAUACGAGCCGAAAACCCCUAAGUAGAAUUGGUGUGAGGAGGACACGAUUAGCAAAUUUAACUUCGGAACAAAGCAUGUCUUCAAAGAAACCCGGAGAAUCAGAAAGUGAAAGUGGUUCUGAACACUUGAAAGAAUUAACAUCGGAGAGCGAUGCUAUUGGUUUGGAUAUUUUUGAUGAUGCAUUGUGGGAUACUGACUUAAACUCUGAAAUUAAACCACCAUAUGACCAUUCUGGACGUUCGGCCUAUAUUAAUCGCUGUAAGAAACUUGGUGCAACACCCAUUAGCUACUUCUUACGUCACAUGGAAGAUAACAAACUGGAUUUACGUUACCAUGGAUUAGGUGGCAAAGGAACGAGUGCUGUCACUCCAACACUAGCAGUCAACAUUUUAAUGAAACUCCGUUUAAUAUUUCGUUGGCAUGACACAUUACUGUGCCAGAUAUCAGAUAUGAACCAUCAACAAACUGUACUAUCUUCAAAUAAACUAACUUCAUGUGUGCCGGAUUUAUGCAAUGCUGUGAUCCAAAACGAUACACUAACACAUCUAAAUUUAUCAAGUAACGACUUAAAUGAUUCUUCAGCGCCUUCUCUGGCUUUGUUGAUAUCAAAUGCCAGAAAGUUAGAAUAUUUGGACAUUAGCCACAACAAUUUGGAAAACAAAUCUGGAAAAAUAAUUGGACCGGCACUUUCUGAGAGCAGUUCUCUCAAACAUCUCAAUAUGAGUUGGAAUAAUAUUAGAUCAAAUGGCUUGGAAGCAAUGGGAACUGGUUUGAAAAAUAAUGAUACUCUGACAUACUUAGACGUCUCUUGGAAUGGUAUUGACAAAAAUGCGGCUAAAGCAAUCGGUGAAGCACUGAAAUCUAAUUCCACAUUAGAACAUUUAAACAUCAGCAAUUGCCGAGUUAACGCUGAAUCUUCCGUGUUGAUCGCAAUCGGAAUAAGUAGCAACAGCAGUCUUAAAGUUCUAAAGAUGAUCCGAAACCCAAUGGAAGGUUCCGGUUGUUAUGCUAUUUGUGCAGCUGUGUUACGCAACCAAAAUUCGGUCAUUGAACAUUUAAAUUUUCAGCAUACACACGUCGACAAAGAUUUUGAAGAUCUUUUGAACAAGAUCAAAGAAAAACUCCCGGAUAUUAAAGUCAUUUAUGGGUGUCAAGAGGCCCCGAAGAAACCAAAGGCUGUUAUCCAUCCUAUGGCUAGAUUAGUGCGUUAUCUGGAUGACAAUAACAUUCGACUGGCUGACUGUUUUGGUACUUUUGAUGAGGAUGGAAGUAUGACAGUAACACAUGAAGAGUUUAUAAAAGGAAUUGAGUCAAUCGGACUCAAAUUAGACGAUGCCCAAAAGGUUUUCUUGCUGAAUGAAAUGGAUCGUGAUGGAGACGGAGAAAUUGACUAUAGCGAACUCGUUCGAUCAAGAAUGGAAUUCAAAGCUAAAGCUAAUUCCGCAGAAUAUCUAUUCCCAAAGAUGCACGUACAAUCCAAUACAUGAGAAACCUAUUCAGAAUUCUGUUUUACGUUUUAAUUAACGCCUCUGUUCCAAAUACAUGGCCACCAUUCAUAAGCACAAGAGAUUGUUUCUAUUUAUACCCAGAAUCAGGCAAUAUGACAACAAUAACAAUUGGGAAACAAGAACAAACAAAACGGAUUUUGAUAAUAGAAAGAUUGUAACCUUAACUAGAAUUCCUCGGAAAAGGAUGAAACAAGAGAGAAGGUUCGAAAUAAAGGACAGAAUGAUCAUUAUUUCCAAGACAUUUUUAUUUAUACACUCAUAAAAUGCAGCAGUGGAAACUAUUAGAGUCAACAUCAAGUGAAGUGAAAUAUUAAAUACCUCUACUAAAUAUUUCUGUGAUAAGAAAAUAAAUUUUACAGCCAAAGAGUAA